GCGCACGGAUGGUGUUGCGCUCUAGGAGAACUGCGCGCCUGAAUCUGGACCGCUUGUUUUUAGCUGCUUGAUUUCUGCUUCAUAGAUGAAAACCCAACCGGAGAAACCUUUUCCCGGUGGGAUUAGGACCUCCUUUGUCUGCGACCAAAAGGGACCAUGUCGGACAACUUCACUGAUCCGAUCAACGAGUCGCUACCUGCGCCUCAGAUCGCUCACUACAACUUCCCAGCGCUCAUUUUCGGGAUUUUGCUGAUCAUCACUGUUACUGCUGGAAAUGUGUUGGUGUGCCUCAGUGUUUAUUUGGAGAAGGCUUUAAAAACUACAACGAAUUACUUUAUAGUGAGUCUGGCUUUUGCGGAUUUACUGCUGGCGGUGCUGGUUCUGCCGCUCUUUGUUUACGCAGAGUUCCAGGGCGGAGUUUGGACCUUAAACAUGACAAUAUGCGAUGGUCUGAUGACCAUGGAUGUGAUGUUGUGCACGUCAUCGAUCUUCAACCUCUGUGCCAUCAGCGUGGACCGGUUCAUUGCAGUGUCCAUACCGCUAAAUUACAACCGCAAACAUGUGGACUACCGCCAGCUCAUCCUGCUCUCUGCCACCUGGCUCCUGGCCUUAGCAGUCGCCUCUCCGGUCAUCUUCGGUAUCAACAACGUGCCAAACCGUGACCCCAGAGAGUGUAAACUGGAGGAUAACAACUAUGUGAUCUACUCCUCCGUCUGCUCUUUCUUUAUCCCCUGCCCCAUCAUGGUCUUGUUAUAUUUUGGGGUUUUCCAAUCCCUGAAGCGGUGGGAGGAGGCCCGGAAGGCCAAACUACGCUGCAGCAUUGAGGCUUGCAGGAAGCUGCAGCAGACCACCAUGGCCCUUCCCCCAAUGACAGGGACCAUUCCUGGGGCCCUGCCCAUGCCCUUGCCCAGGAUCAUCGAGAGGGACCUAGCUCAGUCUCGGAUGGACGACUCGGGUGACUACAUCCAGCAGGAGAUUCCUUACCCUCGACAGUAUAGGGAAAACUCUUUGCCAACAGUGAGGUUCCAGCAGCAAAAUGUCAAGAAGAGGGCAAAGAUCAACAGCAGGGAGAGGAAAGCUAUGAAGGUCCUACCUGUUGUAGUGGGCUGCUUCUUGUUGUGUUGGACGCCAUUCUUCGUGGUGCACACGUUGAAAGCUCUUUGCCUGAAAUGCAACAUUCCCAACGCGCUGACGAGCACCUUCACCUGGCUGGGUUAUGUCAACAGCGCCCUCAAUCCCAUCAUCUACACCAUUUUCAACACAGAGUUCAAGAAGUUCUUCAAGAAAUGUUUCCGCAGCUGCUGCUGA